AUGACUCGGGAGCGCAGCAUCAUCAAAGAUGCUGUUUUUGCAGAAGACGGUCAAGUCGUGGUUUGUGGAAGCGACCAUGGGGCUGCAUAUGUAUUUUCGUGUUUGAACGGAGGCAAGAAGCCAUUGCAGAUUAUGUAUCAUGGCAAAGGUAUUGGAUGUGAGCGGAAAGCAGUGACAUACUUGAACGCACUCACAAACCGCGAAACAGGCUGCCACGGUAUCAGAUCGGCAUAUGGUUGCCACCGGAUCGUCUGGAAGAAACGGGAGCGUCGUCUUGUGGGAGAAGCCACUGACGACUGUGAAGGUGUUGGAUUGGGUGCUGAGCUGGGUGCAGUACGCGAUGGAUUGCUUCUUGGUUAA